UCAAGGCAGCAACCACCCUACCUGGUUUAUUAAUCUCAAUCUCUCCACCCUGCCCGUUUCCGUAAUAUUGUAAUGUUUACAUACAUGGACCAAGGCAAGUUCGUGAUGUAUUUUGUAAUCGAAUUAUUUUCAUUUCAUAAGCUUAAUCCUACACAUACACCUUGGUGGAGUGCUAUAAUGUUGAAAUACUGUAUGUAUGAUCCGAGUCCGACCUUUGAACUUGGUGAACUUGGUAUCAAGCGCCACGCCGAAAGACCGAUUUAGCCUUUUCAAAAAGCACUUAGAUUCUGCAGAUGAAAACUGCACGAAGUAGAGGAACAUGAAUAUCACGCUGAUUGAACCACAUGUCGACGUCUAACCCUUGUCCCGACCCCUCUUGGCACUACCAUGCCCCAACCCGUCGUUGCUACAGAUAUUUCUCUCCCGAUGACGACGAUUUAUUCUCAUUGUCCGACGCGAUCUCCUCGCCCGCACAAGAACUCGCCGCGACCCUCGCGAGCGGGCAGGAAGAACAAGACUCUCAGUACGGGUGGCCUUUCCUGACUUGUCAGACCCAAAUCUGCGAAGCCUUUAACGCGACGGUGGCCACCGUGGUCCGGGAAAAUGAGGAUUUCCUGUGGAGAGUCGUUGUCGACAAGAAAAAACGGCUGGAUUCCAUGCAAACCUCCUUUGGCAGCAGCAAACCGACGAACCUCCGAUCCCAAGACCCCUUCCUCCGGUUCUGGGUCGGUUUGUAUCGCGGCGCCGAGUCCGAAAGCAAGAGCGACAUGCAGGCCUGGUUCUGGGUGGAGGGAGUGCCAAUUGCGUCGUCAAGUGGCAAUAGUUUAUUUCCGAGCAACAGCACCUGCGCCUCCUCUACAAGCUUACUUGAAAACAUCGCCUUCACGAGGAUUUCCCCCGGGCAAGAGGUAAACACCGCCGUGUCUACCAAUGCGGAUCGCGACGUGGGCAAAUUUUUGGCUUCUUGCGAACAACACAUGGGCGGAGGUGGGGCCGCGAUAUUAAGUACAACUUCUGGAACAUCAGGCUCUUCAUCUGCUGGCUCUUUCCAACAGGAAGAACUUCGGCUGCAGAUCGCAAAGCACGCCGAUCCGCUCUGGCCCACGAAGCUCGUCGGUUUGAAGAAGCAACUGCCUUGGGCACGGUACGAACCAGACGGGGGUGAGCAGUUCAAGCUCGAGAGGUUUUCGAAGCAACUCUUCACUAACCGGCACGACUGCGUGUACGCGCUCCAGGAGAAGUUGUGGGGCCGGUUAUCCAGGAACAAACGCCCAUCCACAUCCAAUUUGUCAUGCAAAACAGGUAUAAAGUCCUGUGUUUGUCAUGCAAGAAAUGGAUGGGGAUGGGAUGGAUGUUUUUUCCUGGAUACCGGUCGGUCUGGUACGAUACGGAUUGCCACCGCCGUCUCCCCUGCCUCUGUCAGUCGAACACGGUCGCGAACUUGGCUUUUCACACCGUCGACGCGGUCCGUUUGUCCGAACUCGACACCCGGGAGGACCCGUUCAGCCAGCAGUUUGGCGCCACCCAGUGGCGCGGGGCGAUUGUCCUCGUCUUCGCCGCCUUCACGCUGGCCUUUGUCGUCAGUGUCGUGAACGCGGUGGUGCAGCGGAUCGUCGUUAGGUGUUUGCAUGGAGUGAGGGUGACCACGCCGCCGGUGAGCAGCAGGCCGACGUCGACGGUGGAACAACAAAUGACUUCUAGCAGCGGUGGACAGCAACUGGCAAUAGCAGAACUCAAAGAGGAACAAACCGUCGAGGACGAAAUCGAAGAAACUGAAACGCUGCUUCCCUUGCCGCAAUUUUAUUUCUUCCGAAUGGCCAUGGCCGCCUGCGUGCGAAACUCGGAAGGGGUCGUCAUCGCCCUGGAGAGGGCGAAACAGGCAUACGCAAGACUGAUCCACUCGGACAAUUUCCUUGCUCCUAGUUCUCUUUCAAAAAAUGUAAACCCUGCAACGGAACGACCAGAUGUGUUGUUUUUACACUCUGUGGACCACACCAGUAGCACUGCGGCGAAACAGGCAAACGUGAGUACGAGUAGAACAAGGAGGUAUUAUCUGCGAGACGAACAGAGCAUCUACAUCUCGCCCGCCCCUGCAGACGAAGCUAAGAUGUUGAAAACUACAGGAAUUAUGCAAUCCUAUAACCCGUCGUCCUACGCCACCUCCACGACUGCGUCGACUUCGCCAGACGAGAAGGAAAACGCCACUUUAGCUGCUAGCACACAUUACAGAAAUAAACCAGCACACCACUUCCUCCUUUCGAACCUUCCGACUCCCAGCCUCCUACCCCGCUACGCGGUGCGCGCGCUGAUGUUUGUCGCCGGCUUCUCCUGGUGGUUUUGGCGCCUCUUCACGGACGAGGGACUCGGCGCGAAGGCCCUGCUCCUCUGGCUCACUCUCUUCCUGUUCUGGAUGUUCGCAAUCUUCGGCCCGUACGUGCACAACUUUGUCACCAAGCUCCUGCUUUUCGACCUGGAUCACACGUUUGUGUUACUUACUCGCCCUGUAUAA